AUGGAUCCGGCAACUGCAAGUGCGGAUUCUUGCCAGCCCCUGAGGAUCCUCUCGCUCGAUGGGGGUGGAAUUCGUGGCAUAUCAAGUCUUCUUAUAUUGGAAAGAAUCAUGGAGAGAAUCUGCGAUGCCGAGGACCUCGACCACGUUCCGCGACCGUGCGACCAGUUUGAUUUGAUCGGUGGCACAAGCACUGGAGGAAUCAUCGCAAUCAUGCUUGGAAAACUAGGCAUGACAGUCGAUGAAUGCAUACGAGCGUAUAGACAGGUUGCAGAGCAAGCCUUCACCCCCAAACGAACUUCGAUAUUACCCGCAUCACCUACAGGUGCGUUCUCGGCGAAAGCUCUCGAAAACGCCAUGAAACAAAUAGUCCGAGAGUAUUGUACAAACGUCGAAUGCGUAACCCGCCGGCGCCAAGGUCACGCAACUGUCACCACAUGUCCACAUUCCAAUAUGGUUUUCCGAGACGACACAUGCACAAAAACUGUGGUCUUGGCAAUCACGAAAGACAAUGUCGAUGCACCACCAACACUCUUCAAGACUUAUGAUCGAUCCGCUGCCUUCGAGAGUUCUACCCUUUGGCAGGUUGCAAGAGCGACUUCAGCAGCAACGACCUUCUUCAAGUCCAUAAAAGUUGGCCGAGAUGAGAUCGAGUUCAUUGAUGCCGGCUUUGGAUACAAUAAUCCAUGCAAUAUUCUGAUCCAGGAGGCUCAGCGAGAGUUUCCUGACCGCGGAAAAAUGCGGAUUCUAAGCAUCGGGACUGGCUUAGGUGAUGUCGUUACUAUCCAAAACAAACGUUUAUCUAUUAUUACCGCGCUAAAAAGAAUGGCCUCAUCAUCCAAGAAAGUGGCAGCAGACGUCGAUCAUCGCUACGGUGGUAACGGCGAAUACUAUCGGUUUAACGUUGAUCAAGGCCUUCAGGAUAUCACAUUGUCAGAUUGGGAGAAAGCUAGUAAGAUAUCCGCGCACACACGGAACUACCUAGCGGAGAAUGAGCGAGUGAUUAAACAAUUGAUUGGUGAAAUCACCUGUCAUUCUCAAGUGUCUGGCAAGCCUUUCUUCUUUGUCCCACUACGUCAAAACGGUAACUUUGUAGGACGUGGAAAGGAAUUGGACGAGCUCAAGCAGAAGGUACUGGCUCAGAAAGAUAAUGGAAGACUCGCAGUCUUCGGGUUAGGCGGUAUCGGCAAGACCCAAAUCGCACUGCAAGUUUCGUACUGGGCGAGACAAGCCAUGCCCGCCCACUCUAUCUUUUGGAUACCAGCACUGAGCAAGGCAAGUUUUGAGCAGGCUUGCACGCAGAUUGUGGCAAAGCUCGGAAUCAGUAAAAUCUCGGAUAAUGAAGAUGCCAUGGAGUCAGUGCAACGGCAUCUGAGUUUGCAAUCAACCGGACCGUGGCUUCUGAUUGUGGACAAUGCGGACGACAUGGAUUUGCUCUUUGGAAGCUCAGAUUCGCCUGGAGGGAUGAGUCAAUAUUUCCCAGAGAGCGAGAUGGGUGUGACAUUACUGACUACUCGCUCUCGAGAGAUAGCCGUGUCAUUUGCGGGCAACCAAGUCAUUACAAUCCAGAAUAUGAAUUUGCAAGAGACAACAGGUUUAUUGGAAAACUCGCUGAUCAAAAGAGAUACGCGUCAAGACAGAGGGGAGACAGUGCAGCUGCUAGAGGAGCUCAACUACUUGCCUCUAGCGAUCACGCAAGCGGCUGCCUACAUGAACACGGCAGAUAUAUCAAUUUCAAAAUACCUCUCAUUGCUACGCGGCAAAAAGAGCGAUGCGGUCAGACUCUUAGGCAGACAAUUCCAAGACAGCACACGCUACAGGGGAUCACAAAAUGCCGUGGCUACCACAUGGCUGGUUUCCUUUCAGCAAAUUCACAGAACGGAUGAAGCUGCAGCUAACAUAUUGUCAUUUAUCUCCUGUAUCGAGCCAAAGGCGAUUCCACUUUCGCUCCUGCCUGACGUUGGAUCGGACGAAGAACUAGUCCACGCUAUUGGCACGUUGUGUGGCUAUGCCUUUCUCGCCGAAAGAGAUGAUGCUUCAUAUGACAUGCAUAGCUUGGUCCACUUGGCGACGCAGGUAUGGGUUCGAGAACAAGGAUUCGCAAAACAGACAAUAGAGGAAGCUGUUCAUCAUUUAGUGGGGACCUUUCCAUCUCAUGAUUAUAUCAAUCGCAGAUUGUGGCAGAGCUUCCUACCACAUAGCCUGAGAACUCUCCAAGAAAGCGAAGGGCGGGACACAAAGGAGAGGUCGGAGCUAUAUAUCAGGGUUGGCCGAUGCCUGGAAGCAGACGGCAGGAUCAGGGAGGCUGUGAAUUGUUAUGAAGAAAAAUUUAGGUGGGACAAAAGCCAGUACUCGGAGGAACACCCUGACCGACUAGCAUCACAGUAUGAGCUUGCUAUUGUGUAUCAAGCUGACGGCCAGGUUAGCGAGGCGGUCAAGCUACUUGAGCAUGUAGUUGCAGUACAAGAGAGAACCCUGGCUGAAGAGCACCUCUCUCGGCUGGUAUCACAGAAUGGCCUCGCUCGUGCAUACCGAGCUGAUGGCCAGAUUAGCGAGGCGGUCAAGCUACUUGAGUAUGUGGUUACAGUAUUAGAGAUAACUCUGGCUAAAGAGAAUCCCUAUCGGCUAGCAUCACAGCAUGAGCUCGCUAUUGUAUAUCAAGCUGACGGCCAGGUUGGCAAGGCAGUCAAGCUGCUUGAACAUGUGGUUGCACAUGGGCUCGCUAUUGCAUAUCAAGCUAAUGGCCAGGUUAGCGAGGCAGUCAAGCUGCUUGAGUAUGUGGUUGCAGUGCGGGAGAAAACCCUAGCUGAAGAGCACCCCUCUCGGCUAGCAUCACAGCAUGGGCUCGCUAGUGCAUAUCAAGCUGAUGGCCAGGUUGGCAAGGCAGUCAAGCUGCUUAAACAUGUGGUUGCAGUACAGGACACAGCCCUGGCCGAAGAGCACCCUAACCAACUAGCAUCGCAGCAUGGGCUCGCUAUUGCAUAUCAAGCUGAUGGCCAGGUUAGCGAGGCAGUCAAGCUGCUCGAGCAUGUGGUUGCAUUGCGGGAGAAAACCCUAGCUGAAGAGCACCCCUCUCGGCUAGCAUCACAGCAUGGGCUCGCUAUUGCAUAUCAAGCUGAUGGCCAGGUUAGCGAGGCAGUCAAGCUGCUUGAGCAUGUGGUUGCAGUGCGGGAGAAAACCCUCGCUGAAAAGCACCCUGACCGACUAGAAUCACAGUAUGGGCUCGCUAUUGCAUAUCAAGCUGAUGGCCAGGUUAGCGAGGCAGUCAAGCUGCUCGAGCAUGUGGUUGCAGUGCGGGAGAAAACCCUCGCUAAAAAGCACCCUGACCGGCUGGCAUCACAGCACGCGUUAGCAAUGGUUAAACACGAGUAUGAGAAUGAGCGACGGCAUUGA